AUGCUUCCAGCAGACCUCGAACAACCUCGUUCCGUGUCAGCAAAACCAAAAGCGAACGUCAGCAUCAGAGAAGCGUCUGCAGUACCAACCGGUGAUCUUCUAGCUGAAAACGCGUCAAACGUCGCGCAACAGCGAGAGCUUCCUUUGGACUUGGACCACCACAACACUUCUUCGCGCCCUGAAAGCCGACCAUCCAGGCUGAACUUCAAAAAGAAGACACCCAGAACAACAGCGAGCACAAAUCAGACCUCAGUAACACCUUCGGUAGAUAACACUCCUUCAUUAAUCCCGAAUCCAAAUGCUCCGCCGCUCACUCCACCACAUCAGGUCCUAGACAACGAAGAUCUUCGGACACCGCCUGGAGCUCCCAAGGCCGGUAAAGAUGAAUUACAGCCAUGGAGAAUGAAGCAAAAGAAGAGGAGUGCGCCGAGCGAAGAUGAUACUUCGACCAGUCAGGAGCCCAAGCGAAGGAAGGUGACAAGAACAAUGAAAAGCGCCAGACACUCAGCUGACAGAGAGAAAGGGCUUUGA